AAGUUUCCCCGAUCCGAAUUGAUUUCGUUCGGACAAGGGGAGACUUUAAUGGAUUUUUUAUGUGGGACCCGCUAGGAUGGACGUGGUAGAUGAAACAGAAGCGUUACAGAGAUUUUUUGAAGGUCAUGAUAUUACCAGUUCUCUGGAGCCAGCCAACAUCGACACCAGUAUCCUGGAAGAGUACAUCAGCAAGGAGGACGAUAGCACUGACAUUUGUUUCUCGGAGGUCCACAGCACCCCAGGACCAAAUUACUCAUCUCCCCAGGCAGGAGUGUCCUCCUCUGGGGGGUUGGUGUGUGGUGUGAGCCCCCCUAUUCCACUACGCCAAGGAGCCCCUCCGUCUGGGCCCCCUAACUGUCAGAACACCUACCCCCCAGGUCCAUCCCUGGGCCUCCGACACAGCUACCCCUGCCUGGGACAGCAGCAGCAGCAGCAGGCUCACGUCAAGCCUGAGCACAGGGGCCACUACGCUCCAGGGACACUACCUGAGUCCCCCCCGGACUCCAGCUCAGAGCCGUACUCUCCACAGCAGGUGAAUGAUCCUCACAUGAUCAGGACCAUGACACCAGAGAACAUGUGUCACAUGACUCCAACGCCACCCCUCCCACAACACGGGCACUAUCCCAGCAUGCAUCGUGACAUGUACCUAAAGCCUGAGCCCAUGAUAUCACAGUAUCCUAUCGGUCCAGCCACGAGCGGAAGUGGAGACAUGCAGCAGACCCAGAUGCUGCAUCAGCUGCUUCAGCAUCCUCAGGGGCAAGACGGCAUCCCUGUUCACCAGACCAAGAAGAGGAAGCACUCUGACUCUCCCAACAGCACCCUCAAUUCCCAAAUCCUCACAGGUAUCAUCAAACAAGAACCAGGUUUAAUGCAAGAUGCUGACAACACCUACUUGGACCCAAACUAUCAGUGCAUUAAGUGGCAACCUCACCAGCAGAACAAGUGGACACCACUGUAUGACGCAAACUGCAAAGAGCUUCCGAUGCCAACCUACCGUGUUGAUGCCGACAAGGGCUUCAACUUCUCCUUGGCUGACGAUGCUUUUGUUUGCCAGAAGAAGAACCAUUUCCAGGUCACAGUAUACGUAGGCAUGCUGGGUGACCCCAAGUACAUCAAGACAAAUGAAGGCCUUCAGCCCAUAGACUGUUUCUAUCUCAAACUCAACGGCGUAAAGGUUGAGGCCAUGAACCAGUCCAUCAGUGUGGAGCAGUCACAGUCUGACCGCAGCAAGAGACCCUUCAAGCCAGUGCUCGUCACCUUACCCCCAGAGCAAGUCACAAAGGUGACAGUGGGUCGGCUCCACUUUAGCGAGACCACAGCAAAUAACAUGAGGAAAAAGGGCAAACCAAACCCUGACCAGAGGUAUUUCAUGCUGGUGGUGGCACUGCACGCUCAGUCCCACAGUCAGAGCUACACUGUGGCUGCUCAUGUGUCUGAGAGGAUCAUCGUCAGGGCAUCCAACCCAGGCCAGUUUGAAAGUGACAACGAAGUGCUGUGGCAGCGUGGCCAACUACCAGACUCAGUCUACCACCACGGGAGAGUCGGUAUCAACACAGACCGGCCGGAUGAGGCCCUUGUCGUCCAUGGCAACUUGAAGGUCAUGGGCUCCCUGGUGCACCCAUCUGACAUCAGGGCCAAAGAAAAUGUCCAGGAGGUCGACACCACAGACAAUUUGAAACGGAUUUCUCAGAUGAGGCUGGUCCAUUAUCAGUACAAGCCUGAGUUUGCUGCCACCGUGGGCAUAGAGAACACUGCAGAGACUGGAGUGAUCGCUCAAGAGGUUCAGCAAAUCCUGCCUGAAGCAGUGAAGGAGGGGGGUGAUGUGGUGUGUGCCAAUGGAGAAACUAUUCCCAACCUGUUAGUCGUCAAUAAGGAACGUAUCUUUAUGGAGAACGUGGGGGCGGUGAAGGAGCUGUGUAAGCUGACAGACAACCUGGAGACUCGUAUAGACGAACUGGAGCGCUGGAGUCGCAAACUGGCCAAGCUGCGUCGUCUCGACAGCAUGAAGAGCACUGUGAGUGGAGGCACUGUCAGCCAAGCAGGGAGCUAUUUUAGCAGGACAGGAAGUGGCCCACUCAAGAAGAAGACAGUCAGACCUGGGAGCAAGAACUCGCUUCCAGAUCAAGGCUGUAUCAGUCAGAGAUUCAUGCAGGGAACUAUCCUGGCACUGGUCGUUGUAAUGGCCUUCAGUGUCAUUUCCAUGUCUGUCCUUUAUGUGCUGACUCUUCACCACAGAGGAGACGUCACAGAGAAAGAUGGGUCCAGAGCUGCACUGGGAUCUUCACGCAAAAGUCCAUAUACUCCACUGUCUACCACCCCUGCACCUGCUUGCUGUUCAACCACAGCCAUAAACAACCAAUCAACUACAGUUCUGACACUGAAUAACAACCAGUCCGAAGCAGAUUCUCUAGACAUCCUGGUCCCCACACAAGGCGCUAUUAAUAAGAAGGCCAAGUCCAGACCGAUGGACAAGGAUGGGCACAGUAGAAACCGACUGAGUCACACCUCAGCACCUUUGUACUUUGCCAAGUCCAAAAGGCCAGCACCUACAGACCAGGACGGAGUGGGAGCUACCAAUCGCCUGCCAGGGGGUCAGCCAGUGCCACGUAGACAACGCAGUCUACACACAAAGGGAGGAAGGUCAGCUCCCUUUCUGACUAGUCUACAUGUUGUGGAGACCAACCAAGAGAUCACAGCGCAAAGGUGCGCAACACCCAAGAGCUGCAGCUACACAGUAUCACUCCAUGGAAAAAGAAAUUCCUCCAUCUCACAAAUCACUUUGUACAUGACGUCCACAAACAGCGUGUGGGUACAACAGUGUGGAGCCACCAAGGGACGUUUGUGCCCCAACCAUACAGAGGCAGAGCUCUAUGGCGAUCAGAGUACAUCAACAAAGGGGACUCGUCACCUGUGGUCAGUGCCUGUGCUGUCUUUCCAGGACAUCACCUAUCACUUUCGUGUCUCCCUGUCUAGUGAAGUGAGCUGUGCAACCGAAGGAGAAACCUCGUCGUACUCUGACUACCAUUUUCUCAUUCAAAGCAGUUGCGUUUGAGGAGGAAGACCGAUGUGUCCCAAGUGCCUUUAAAUGCAGCACAGUUCUCCUUUGUCAUUCCAUUUAUACGCUGUUGUGAUGGGAAAGGGUUUUGUCUCAUUCUUGUACAUUAUUUUUAAAGAGAUUUAAUACAGAACAAACUAUAUACCACUGUUCCCACUGUAAUCCCUUCCAUAUGUAUAUGCAUUAAGACAUCUCUUUUUGCUGUGAUCACUGGAGUUUGAAACACUGUUUAAGUUUCUUUUUUUAUUUUUAUUUCCGUCACUGAAAAUGUUUUAGAUGGUUUUAAUUGACAGCUGUGUUGUGUCACUGUUAACUGCUAUUGUGAA